AGCCGCUGGCUCACGCCAGGUUGGCUCAAGCACUUUGAGAACGUUGCCUGUUCAACAUGGCUUUCCGUGCAAUGGCGGGGGGAAGCUCCCGCGCCCCCCGGUCGUCGCGUUGGCGGCGCUAGCGCUGCUUGCUAGGAGGGGGGCGCGUGCAGCUCGGUUCCAGCCCCGCCUGGAGGAGGAGGGCGCCGCCGGAGACGCCGAGGCGGGCUCCGCUCAGCUCGGCUUCGCCGUGCGGGUCCAGGGCGGAGACAGCGGCGGCAGCGGGGGCCACAGGAGAGCAGCCUCCACGUGGCGCUGCGCCGCUGCGAUGACGGCGGGGGCGCGUGGGCCUUCGCCGUCGGCCACGACGGGAGCGCCGCGGAGGCGACGGCGGAGAGGGCGCGCGGGCACAUGGCGCUGAGAGAUGGUGCUCCCUACCUGGAGUUCGAGGAGUCGCGAGGCGACAUGGCGGCCGUCGCCACGGACGUCAUGCACCUCCUCGGCCAGGCGCUCGGGCAGCGUGCCCCUGGCCAGCGGGAGGAGGUGGAGCACAAGGGCCAAGGCGUCUCCGUGACGCAUCGUGUGGGCUGGCACGUGGAGGAGGGCGCGCUGCAGGCCCUCACGGCGACGGCCAGCAUUGCCUUCACGCCCUCCGACGGGCAGCGGCACGUCCUGGGGCGCACACGGCUGCAGGCCACGCCCGCGGGGCACGUGCUGGUCAUGCCCCCGCCGUGCUCUGCGUCAUCGUCGAUGCUCGAGGUGGUGGAAGCGGGAGUCCCUGGGAGGGAUGCGCUGAGGUUACUGCAGGAGGUGCUUAAGCGGGUCGUGGACGGGAAGAGCCUGGACGAGAGCUUCAAGCAGUGGGCGGUGACGAUGCGCGAAGUCGGCGGGAAACUGCAAGAGCAGGUCGCGAGCGGACUUGGCAAGAACAAGGCGGAGCGGGACGCCCUAGCCACCAUCAUCGUGGACCGCGUCUUCACGCUGGACUUGAGGGUAUACCUGGAACCCCUUGACUCUCUGCACAGCACCAUCUUCGAGUUCGAGCGUGCCGCCGGCAAAUACUA